GUUUUUGCACAAACAACCUUGUAAAAUAUAUAUAUAUAUAUAAAAAAAGAUGAUUUUAGCAAUGGAUUCAAAUUUUCAAUUUGUGGCAUUUCUCGACGAUUGCAAACACAAUUAUCUGAUAUUAGGCCAGGCAAAUUAGAAAUCCAGGCCAUCAUGUAAAAGCCCACAUGAUGUGUGCAUGACCGCCUUGUUGACCGCGCGUGACCGCUUGUUUAUUCUGACUAGGCACUGUUACGGUUUUAUAUGAAAGGCAACUUUGAGAAGUCGCAGUAUGAUUUUUGCUGCACAUAUUGCUGCGUGACACUUCCUCUUUUGCUUUUUGCAUCCCAAUUGGAGUUUCACUUGUGAUGCAUUCUGUCUGCCGUCAGAAUUGGAAGCAGUGUGUCCUAGAGCAGCGUGCCAUUUGUUGGAAUCAGCAUACUUUCGCUGAAUUCUUUACUGUUUGUUUUAGCACCACCUCAAGGGACACAAAAAUCUUAUCUUCUGUAAUAUUGACUCUAUGGAAUUACUGUGAUCCUUCGUUUUCUCGGAUAAUGGGGAGCACCCCCCAGCGAUAAUCAAAAAUCCUUUCAGUAGAGGCGGAGCUUAUUUACAUGAAGACAUUUUUUUGUUUUUUUUUGGGUGUGUUCGAUGUAUUUAUUCAGCUUUAUUAGUGGAAAUAGUUACAUACAAGACAUGUUUUCCCAUUUUUUCCCCAAAGUAUAAGUAAGAAAAAAGUUUUAAACAAGUUACUGUCUCACCGUAUUAUUUUUAAACAAGAAUUGGGUAGUAAAAUGUUCGUCUUUAUUAAAUGCUUCAUUGAUAGAGUGCACUCAAAUCCACUCACGCUGCUCAGGCCAGCCUCUCAUCACUUAAAACUUAAAACAAUGAGCCUACCGCUAGUGUUUAACAAGCUUAACGAUGAUUGAUAAAUCUGAAGCUUUGAAUCUUCUCUGGCAAGAUCAAAGCUUCAAACAUGUCAAUCAUUGUUAACUUUAACAAGCAAACUCCUGCUGAGCAAGAAAAGCAGCAGGAGGAAGAGGCUGUGCUUGAUCGGAUCGGGACAUCUCUAUAAAAUACUUUAUUUUUUAAUUUGAAGAAACGGCGAUGAACUUUGGGAACGAAGUAUGAAGAGCGAAAUAGCCAGAGAUCACUGUACUAAGUCAUAAAAAGCUAUGCAGAUAAUGCUGUAGACUCAAACAGAGAUGGCUUUUUUAACCACUUCAGACCUGAGCAUGCUGCUGAAAGACAGUAAAUGCACUGAAUUUAGUUGCUAUUGCCACUUCUGGGAGAUGAUUGGACAAAACUUUACCCAUCAAAAUUAAAUCAUGAGGUUUAGCACGCCCUCUUUGCUAGUUUUGGCUCUUUGAAAAUGGCUGAGACAAAAGGCAACUUCAAAAAAGGCAAACGUAAGUGCUCAUUUCUCAUUAAAAACAAUGUAACAUUAACAUUUAAAAUAACCAAUAAAAGCAUGCUAUAUCUCCGACCAAAAAUAAUGCACUUUGUUCUGGUAUUUGAGUAGAUCAGCGAAGAUUUAUUUAUUUAUUUAUUUUUGCCCAGCAGAAAUAAUGCGGGCCUGAAGGGGUUAAAGAUCGCAUUUUCCAUGCACACUCAAGUUUACAUCGACACCAUACACUUCAUAAAGUAUUGACGGGAUAUGGGGCGCGGGGCUGAUAAAUAGGGGGCCUGCAAUGUUGGCAAGGCCAUCAAAGCUGACCGAGUGGAAUCACAGACAAAGAGCUUUUUUCGUUGAAAAUUCUUGAGAAUAAAUGCUAAAAUCCCUGAAUUCUUUAUAGAUAUGGACAUAAAACAGUCUAGAUUCUUGGUUAAAAGCACACAAAAAAAAAAAAUCUUCCAGCUUGCAUUUAUUUUACGUAAAUAUGUCGAAGUACAAUGCUAGUCUCUUAGUGAAUGUAGCUAGCAGCCGCCUGAUGUAAACAGAGCUUUUCCAGUGAAAAUUCUUGUGAAUAAAUGCUUAAAUCCCUGAAUUCUUUAUAGAUUUGGACGUAAAACGGUCUCGAUUCUUGGUUAAAAGGAAAAGAAAGCGAACAGUUAGCAUUUAUUUUACGUAAAUAUGUGGAAGUACAAUGCUAGUCUGUUAGUAAAUGUAGCUAGCAGCCGCCUUAUGUAAACAGAGUUUUUUUUGUUAAAAAUUCUUGAGAAUAGGGCAUUGUUCGGGAUGGGCGAGGAGUAGGACGCGUUUCAACGCCGCUCCUGAGCCGAUGACCAAUUUAUAAACUUAAACCGUCCAAACCGUGUUUUACUGGGCUCGUUUUCUUCCCAAUUGUUUGUUAUAUUCUUUUUGAGCGAUCACUCCAAGAUCCGUUUGGCAAUGACCUCCUCCCGUCCUAAAACGGAUUCAAGUAAAUCAAGCCGCGGCAAGCCUGGACUCCCAAUUGACGCUGCUAUUUUGGGGCCUGUGGAUUCUACAUAUGCAGAGCUUCUACAAUCCACCAUCGGUGCCCUUAAGAUGGACCUGUUUGACAAAAUCGACUCGUUGUCUACCAAUUUAAGAUCGGAGAUGUCUUUGAUGAAGGGUGAAUUCAAGACGGCGGUCGCAGGUAUGCACCAGAAGCUCGAGGCUCAGGGAGCUACUCUGGCUAAGCUAGAGCAGCAUGCUACCGACAAUGAUGCACGCAUCAUGGAGCUGGAGGCCAGCGUUGGCUCGAUGCUGACUAAGAUCACUCACCUUGAAGACAAAUGCGAGGACAUGGAGAGCAGAAUGAGGCGAAAUAACAUUCGUCUCAUCGGAAUUCCGGAGGGAGUGGAGGGUCCGCGACCGGCGGAAUUCAUGGCAAAGCUGCUGCAGGAGUUGCUCGGUCUCGCCGAGAGACCGCUUCUAGACCGGGCCCAUCGUAUCCUGCGUGACAAGCCCCGGGACGGUGGACCACCGCGUCCCGUCGUAAUUCGGGUUCAUCUUCUCCACGUCCGCAACGAGAUUCUGAGGAAGUCUUCGGAGGUAUCACCCAUUGUCUACAAGGUCAACAGAUUUGAGGAGAGAGAAGCAGAGCUCAAGAAGGAGUACAAUGCGCUCCACCAGAGACACACUGAGAUGAUCCACAGUUACAUGGAACACUUGGAGCGAACUAAAAAUCAGCAUACAGUCACAGCGGAGCCUUUGGAUUCGGCCACGGGCACAUCUGUUAGGAUUCGGAAGGAGCGUCCAAUCUCCAUGGGACUUUUUCACGUCCCAGGGACUGAUGCCACGAGCACUGACCUCCAGAGGGACCCGGUGGAUGACCAGACUGAAUCUUGGAAAUACAAUAACCUCUGCCAUCCAAGGUCCAACACCAGUCUCAAGGAUGAACUGGCUAACACGGACAACGAAGGAUCGAGAUCCGGCACCGUUGCGAAAACCAACAGCACCGUGUCUCGCACGGGUAGCUUAAAAACAAACACCACCUCAUCCAUGAAAAGUGAUGACGAUCAAUCUUCAUCGCCAUUAUCUCAUGGCGUAGUCUGUAGCAAUAAAAGUACUUCAUCCAGACUCGCGAGUGCUUGUGUUGCCUCAAUGGAAUCUGAAGGUACACCUCAGGAAGAAUGUGGCCUUAAUAAGAAUCUGGACUGCGAUGUCUCAACCGUGCAGGGUCAAGUAGAAAUGACCAAUCAAGAGUCUGAAACAGCGCUUCUUGAAGGUGGCAAAAUUACUCUGGAAAAGUCUGAAGUCUUGGCGAUUAUAGAGUCAACUCCUGAGUUGGAUAUGGAACUUGAAGGCUGCCAAGCAACAAGCACACCCACUAAAGGUGGCAUAGAGAAUCUAGCGUUCGACCGAAACACGGAUUCUCUGUUCGAAGAGCUGUCCUCCGCAGGAAAUGAAUACAUAGGAGAUGUCGAUGAAGGAGCAGACCUUUUAGGUAUGGGUCGUGAAGUUGAACAUCUUAUCCAGGAGAACGCACAACUUCUGGAAACAAAAAAUGCUCUUAAUGUGGUAAAGAAUGACCUGAUUGCUCGAAUGGAUGAGCUGGCCUGUGAGAAGGAGGUCCUACAAGGGGAGCUUGAUGCUGUCACCCAGGCCAAGAUCAGACUAGAGGAGAAGAACAAAGAUUUAGAAGACCAACUGAAGAAGGCACGAGCUGAACUUGAGGAGAGCAAGCUAAAGUCCAAAACGGAGAAUGAGGACGAUAGUGACGUGCCCACGGCACAGAGGAAACGUUUCACCAGGGUGGAAAUGGCCAGAGUCCUGAUGGAGAGGAACCAAUAUAAGGAGAGGCUGAUGGAGCUGCAAGAGGCUGUCAGAUGGACAGAAAUGAUUCGGGCCUCGAAGGAAAACUCACCACUCCCAGAGAAGAAGAAAUCAAGCCUGUGGCAGUUUUUCAGCCGUUUAUUCAGUUCGUCGGGCGGAGCGUCGAAGAAGCCUGCUCCCGAAGCCCCCGUCAACGUCAAGUACAAUGCGCCCACCUCGCAGAUUCAACCGUCUGUCAAGAAAAGGAGUAGUACUUUGCAACAGCUGCCCAGCGACAAGAGCAAAGCUUUUGAUUUUCUCAACGAGGAAUCGGCAGUGGAUAACGUGGUGUCCAGGCGGGAACAGAAGCGGGCGCAAUACCAGCAGGUUAAAGCCCAUGUCCAGAAAGAGGAAGAGGGCAGAGUACAGGCUUAUGGCUGGAGCCUGCCUAAGAAGCUAAAAAACAAUGGUGGUCAAGAAAAGGUGAAGAACCUACCAGUUCCAGUCUUUCUUAGACCUCUGGAUGAGAAAAAUGCCUCCAUGAAGCUUUGGUGUGCUGCUGGCGUACACUUAUCUGGAGGUAAAACCAGAGAUGGAGGUUCCAUCGUAGGAGCUAGUGUGUUUUACAGCAAUGUGUCAGGACCGGAAAGCCCCAAAAAGAAAAUUGGAUCACAGAGCAGCCUUGAAAAACUGGAUCAGGAGCUCAAGGAACAGCAGAAGGAACUACGACAACAGGACGAGUUGUCGUCAUUGGUGUGGAUUUGCACCAGCACCCAGUCGACGACUAAAGCCGUUGUCAUUGAUGCCAAUCAGCCUGGAAUCAUUCUUGACAGCUUUUAUGUGUGCAAUGCACAUAUCCUUUGCAUCACUAGUGUACCAGGUGCGAGGGAAACAGACUAUCCAGCAGGUGAGGAGCUAACCUUGAGUUCGGAGUCUGCACCAGUGGAAACGGCCUGUUCGUCCGACAGCAGUAGUAACACAACAGGCAGCGACGGCGUGCUCGGAGGCAUUACUGUUGUAGGCUGUAUAGCCGAGGGGGCAACAGCUAUCCCCCAGACAGCCGAUAGUGCAGGAAAAGAAAAUGGAGAGGCGGAAGCCACUGAGGAGAGUGAAAGCAGUCAUACAGGAGCAUACAGUGAACAUGUCUUCACUGAUCCGUUGGGGCUGCAGCAAACAGCAGAAUCUUCUGCUAACUACUCUGAAAGAGAGUGUGAACUGGUGAAAGAUGGCAAAAGUUGUAACUCUACUGCCGAAGAGCAGAAUCUGAUGAGAGAAGACGCACAAAAGAUGAGUAGCGUCUUGCCUACGAUGUGGCUCGGGGCACAGAAUGGAUGUGUGUAUGUCCAUUCAUCCGUGGCACAGUGGAAGAAAUGUCUUCAUUCCAUAAAAUUGAAAGACUCCGUACUCGGCAUCGUACACGUCAAAGGUCGUGUCCUAGUGGGACUGUCGGACGGCACGUUAGCUAUCUUCCAUCGCGGAGUCGAUGGACAAUGGGAUCUGACCAACUACCACCUGCUCGACUUGGGAAAACCCAACCACUCCGUCCGCUGCAUGACGGUGGUACAUGAUAAGGUGUGGUGUGGUUUCAGGAACAAGAUCUUUGUGGUGCACCCCAAAGCAAUGAAGAUAGAGAAGUCAUUUGACGCACACCCCCGUAAGGAGAGCCAGGUGCGUCAGUUGGCAUGGGAUGGUGACGGCAUCUGGGUGUCUAUAAGACUGGACUCCACGCUUAGGCUCUUCCACGCCCACACUUUCCAGCACCUGCAAGAUGUGGACAUUGAGCCAUAUGUCAGCAAGAUGUUGGGCACGGGGAAACUGGGCUUCUCAUUUGUGCGCAUCACGGCUCUCAUGGUGUCAUGUAAUCGUCUGUGGAUCGGUACUGGCAAUGGAGUGAUCAUUUCAAUCCCUCUAGCAGAGACUAACAUGCUACCCAAAGGAGAUGGUAGCAAACCAGGAAGUGCAAUUCACGUCUACGGUGAUGAGAGCAGUGACAAAGUUGCAGCAGGCACAUUUGUUCCAUAUUGCUCCAUGGCCCAUGCCCAGCUCUGUUUCCAUGGACACCGCGAUGCUGUAAAGUUCUUCACUGCCGUCCCAGGUCAUACCCUUCCAUCUACAUCAAGCUGUGGCGAUACACCAGGUGACAAGAGCUCAGAAACUACACCAAACGGUGGAACCAAGUCCAUGUUGGUGAUGAGUGGGGGAGAAGGCUACAUUGACUUCAGGAUGGGAGAUGAGGAGGGCGAAUCGAAUGAAGGAGACGAGGCACCCAUGAAACUUCAGUCGCCCCAGUCGAUAGCUGAGCGCAGCCACCUCAUCGUCUGGCAGGUCCUAGACAACGGGGAAUGAACUCUGACCUCGGACCCCCGCAGGCCUGCCACAAGCACUUUGUUUUCAAAACCAAACAUGAACAUGUUUUUUUUUUUUUUUUUUUGGUUCUUUGGCCCAACUAUUUUUCAGUUAGUACUUAAGAGUUAUUUAUUUCUUCAGCUGUUUUACUUCACACUCAUAAGCCCAAACUGGUAAUAUAAUGACAUGAUAUAUUUUGGAUAUGCAACAGAGUACAGGUAGCCCCAGUUUGUGCCUUUUGUGUGACAUUUUAGACACGGAACUGAAAAAGCUCUACUGACGGACGAACGCGAAUGUUGUACCCCAACUGUUGUGCUGAGGACAACAGUUCCUGAGCCUAACCAAAUACAGUAAGUAAUACCAGGUUGAAUAAUGUCGAUUUCCGACAGCUAAAAAUGAUCUAGAAACACGAAAAAAUGUAUGUUCAGCAAUAUUGAUGGAGAGUUUGACCAAUGUUAGGCAACUUUGUGUCCUGUGGUGUUUGUAUGCAAACAAGACAGAAUUUUAGCUUUUAGGUGAAUCUUGUUUUAAAGACGUAAUCGAAAUAAGAUGGUUUCUGUAUUUUGCAACAUGGCUACAGCAUAAUUUUUCAAAGAGUCCUCAGCUGCCUUAGGCUUUUCACACUGAAUAUUAAUAUUUGGCUUGAAAGAAUGUUACGUUUGCUACCAAAGGAUUAUUAAUAAAUGCUUGCCAUUUGCUGAAUUAACAAUCGUGUCACAUGAGAAUGUGGCGCCUUUAAGUAACAGAAUGCGAAUAUUUUGAAUGGAAAACAUAAAAAUCUUGCUGUAAAUAAGAUAUAUUUUUAGACUGGUGUUUUCAAAUGGAGGCGGAAUAUUUUCACGGUGUGAUAGGAAACCAAACUUGGGAGGAAAUCCAUCUCAUCCUUUUACAGCAAUAGAAAAAAAAAAUAUUUUGUUUGAAUAGGCUUUUACAGCUUGGCUUUCUUACCAAUGUUUUCAGGCCUCUGUAUUGCGACAUGCAAUGUUUUGUUUUGUAUUUAAUAGUUUAAGUAUCUGCCUACAGUUUAGCCAUUUCAGUAUUUAUUUCAAUGAUGGAGCCUUCACAAUGUACGUAUGUAAAUUAAAUACAAAUCAUCGUGUAUGUCUGAAAUGUGACAAUGGCGUAUUGCUGUUAAGAAAAAAAAUGUACCUGAGCUAUGCACAAUAUCUGCAGGGAGAGGUGUGAAUCGUGAUGUGUACCAAGCAAUAGGUUUUCUCAAAAAAAGUCAAGGAAUUUUGUCUUCACUCCGCAUUUAUCUGCAAAAUGAUUGUCUGAAACUUCCAUGUUAGCAAUACUCUUCCUCUCUCGCCUUAUUUCUUUUUAACGGUCAAUUAAAGAAUAUUUUGUGGGCAGA